AUGGACGGUAUAGAUCCAGAUGUUCUAUUAGAAUGGCUGCAAACAGGCGCAGGGGAAGAAAGAGAUCUGCAGCUUACCGCUCUCGAGCAGUUAUGUAUGCUUCUUCUUAUGUCCGAUAAUAUUGAUCGGUGCUUUGAAUCAUGUCCUCCACGAACAUUCUUGCCCGCUUUAUGCAAAAUUUUCUUAGAUGAUUCUGCUCCAGACAAUGUGCUAGAGGUAACAGCUCGAGCUAUCACAUAUUAUCUUGAUGUUUCGAACGAGUGCACGAGAAGAAUAACUCAGGUUGAUGGUGCUAUUAAAGCUAUUUGUCAUCGUUUAGCUGCUGCUGAUAUGUCUGAGAGAGCCAGUAAAGAUUUAGCUGAACAAUGUGUUAAAUUACUUGAACAUGUUUGUCAAAGAGAAACUUUAGCAGUUUAUGAAGCUGGUGGAAUGAAUUCUAUGUUAACAUUAGUUAGACAACAAGGAGGAAGCAUACAUAAAGAUACUAUGCAUUCUGCUAUGUCUGUUGUGACUCGACUUUGUGGUAAAAUGGAACCCAAUGAUUCAGAUUUACCUCAAUGCGCAGAGAGCCUUGGGCUUCUUUUAGCUCAUGAUGAUACUAAGGUUGCUGAAAGUGCUCUUCGUUGUUUUGCUGCUCUCACUGAUAGAUUUUUGAGGAAAAUGAUGGAUCCAGCUGAACUUGCAACACAUAGUAACCUGGUUGAGCAUUUGCUUUCAACUUUGGCCUCUGAUGCGGAACAUUCUCCGAAUUUUCUUUCUAUUGUUCUAUCUUUAUUAAGUAAUUUAUGCAGGGGUAGUGCCACUGUCACUGACCAGGUUCUAAGCUCAUCACAUCUGAUCGAUGCCAUUCAUUCUGUUCUGACUAACAAAGAUGAUCGGUGUGUUGCUGAUGGACUGCGAUUGGCCGAUCUCCUCGUUGUUCUUCUCUGUGACGGAAGAAAAGCUCUUCCUCAUUCAGCUCCCAUAACAGGAGAACCUUCCAUUAGCACACAAAACUCAGAUAGAACUCACCGACAUCUCAUCGAUGCCAUUCGUCAAAAAGAUCUUUCUGCUCUUGUAGAAGCUGUUGAGAGUGGAGCCGUUGAUGUAAACUUCACUGAUGAUGUCGGUCAAACUCUAUGUAACUGGGCUUCUGCCUUCGGUUCCCUUGAAAUGGUUCAAUAUUUGUGUGAUAAGGGUGCUGAUGUGAACAAAGGACAUAAAAGUAGUAGUUUGCAUUAUGCAUCUUGUUUUGGAAGACCCGAUAUUGUCAAAGUUUUAUUGCAAAGAGGAGCUAAUCCUGAUUUACGUGAUGAGGAUGGAAAAACAGCUUUAGACAAGGCACGAGAGAGAAGUGAUCAAGAUCAUUCCCAAGUCGCCCAAUUAUUAGAAGGACCUUCAGUUUAUAUUCAUGGAAAAUCCGAUGAUAUAAACAAAUCGCAAACACAAUGCAGAAAAACAAGCACGAGUGAUCUUCCAGAUCGAGAGCUAUCUUCAAGAGUUCUUCAACAGCUUCUUCCUAUUUUUUGUGAGAUUUUCCAGAGAUCUCUUUCCAAUGGCGUGCGAAGAACUUCCUUAUCCCUGCUAAGAAAAAUAGUUGAACAUGCUCAAGCAGACAAUUUAAAACUCAAACAGAAUGAACGUGAUAACUCUACUUUUGCUGAAGGUUCAGAAAGGUUGAUCGCAGUGGUAGUUUCUGUUCUUGAUCUAGAAGAUGAUUAUGAUGGUCAAGAACAAGUGCUCUUGAUCCUUUCUUCUCUACUCAAAAAAGAUCCAGAACAAUGGGUAGCCGAACUCAUAAGGCUUGGGGUUUUCGAGAGAGUCGAAUCUCUUGCAAAGAAAUCUUUAAUCGAUCACGAUGACUUCAUGGGGGAGUUAAAUAAAGCAAGCGAAGAAAACGCUUAUGAAAUAAUGGCCAGAGCCAGUAAAGCUAUAUCUUCGACUUCCGAAUCAGAAACGGAGAGUGUUUCCUCAGGAAAUCUUGGAGAUUCCGAGAAAGAUAAUAGCUCCAUUGAUGGUGCCUCCGUGGUUUCAAGUUCAGCCUCAACUAUCGAUUCAAGCGAUACUUCUUCGACGUCAUUGUUUAUGGCAGCUCUUACUAAUGCUGUUAGCUCAGGAUUACCACAAUUAUCUAAGGAGGAGAAGCGAUCAAAACAAGUACUCCAAGUAAAUACUCCUUACAAGUUCAAGGAUUGGCGUGUAGCUCGAGGUGAAGAUUCUUUCUUCGUUUGGAAUGAUACGACCGCUUUACAGUUUUGUUUCCAAAGCAAUGGAUGGGUCAGUUACCUCAUGAAUGGCGAUUUGAGCGUGUUGCUUACAAAUGUUUCUUCUUCUACUCAGAAGAAUGAAGAUAGGGUGACGUUUGUUACCAAGUGGAGGAAAGCUAAAGCUUUAUGGCCCGAAGAAAGUGGGUUGGUCAAUUUGGUCAGCGUUCCGUCAUCGAGCAAAAAGUGGGAGGUUCCUGGUUGGGAGAUUGGCCACACAAAGGCGAAUGAGAUGACUAUAAAGUCUUUGAAAGGAUCGAAUGUGAUAACAAUGAAAGAUGAUAUGGGUGGCUUCGUUUUUGAAAAUGCGGAGAAGAAUAAGCAAACGUUCUCUCCAGAUGUUGCUUUGCCUACCGAAUUCCAUACAGGUUGGAGUGCGCAAGGAGUCACAGGACGACGAGCUAAAAUCAGAAAUGAUAUUCAACGACGACGAGUCCAAGAACUUGCCUUGGAGUUGUGGAAUAAUCAUUUGAAGGAUGCCAGAGCCAAACCUAGAGAAGCACUUAUCGAACUUCAAAACGCUGCCAAUAUUAUUGAAAGUAGUGUAUCAGACGCUUCUCGGGAUAUAGAACUGUACGGCGCAACUGAUCUCAAGCAUAAACACAAACGGCAACCGCGAAUUGAGAGGGUUCAAGAGCUUGUUGCUGCGAUGAAAGUAGUUAGAGAUUCCGUUAUGGAUGAUCGGCGUCUUUCAACAUUUGAAUUUUCUGUUUCUGGUGUAAUUCCUGUCUUGUUAGAUGUUUUACUCCUUGUGGAUUCUCAUCCUAAUGCAUACCCAGCUCGAAUUUUCAUGGAGGCUUUUUCUGAAGGAACUGCUCUCGCAAGUUUGUCAACAAAAAUGGUAGCUGUUCUGGAAGCAAAUGAACGGUUCCCUCAGUACUUGUAUGAUACUCCUGGUGGAUCCGCUUUCGGUCUGCAGCUACUCAGUCGCCGAAUUCGCAUGAAACUAGAAUAUGCGGGUAGCGAGAAAGAGCAUGAACGCCAACUUCUCAAUAGAAGCGGUAAAAUUCUGAAAAGUGAACCUGUAACAAGUGUGAAGCAGCUGAAGCAGUUCUUAUCAAAAAUGGUUGCAAAACAAUGGUAUGACAAAGAAAGACGUGGUUAUAACUUUGUUCGACAAAUCCAAGAUACUAAAGGGCUCAAAUUCAACUACACGAGUGAUUUUGAUGAGGAAGGGAUCCUUUACUGGUUGGGCACAAAUGGGAAAACAUCUUCAGAGUGGGUCAAUCCAGCGUCAGUAAAUAUUGUUCAAUGUUUCUGUUCUGAUCAGCGACAACCCUUUGGCAAGCCUGCAGAUAUUCUUAGUCGCGAUGGAAAUCCCAUCAACUGUCAUACAAGUGACGACAAAAAUGCUAACUUUCUUAUUGAUUUGGGAGUCAAUAUCUACCCUUCUGCCUAUACAUUACGUCAUGCCAGAGGAUAUGGACGAUCCGCUCUCCGAAAUUGGCUUCUUCAAGCCUCAAAGGACAAAAAUGUUUGGGACGUUCUCGUUGCCCAUGCAGAUGAUUCUAGCUUGUCUGAUCCUGGAUCUACUGCAACUUGGCCAAUUGAAGAUGAUCGCAAGAAAGGUCCUUAUCGAUACAUCAGAAUUUCACAAAAUGGAAAGAAUUCGUCGGGUCAAACAUAUUAUCUCAGUCUUUCGGGCUUCGAAAUUUAUGGUGAAAUAGUAGAUGUUGUUCUAGAUGACUUUGUCAAGGAAGAGGAUAAGGCAAAGUCCAAAAGUUCAGCUUCUACAUCUAAAAAAGACUCAUCUUCCAUCAACCCUGAUGAGAAAUCUCCUGCUGUAAUGCAAUUACCCGAAGGGUUAAACAACAACAAGUUCCGCUGUGGUUAUACUGUUGAAACAAUUGGAAAGAAUCGCUUUGGAAGAGGAAAGCAGAGCAAAAAGGAGCUCCAGGAGAAGGAUUUCAGAGGUGUCAAAGUUGUGCGUGGUGCUGAUUGGCGCUGGGAUAAUCAAGACUCCGGCUUCGAAGGACGAAUUAUCAGUUUGACUGACCAACAUGAUUGGGUUGAUGUUUUAUGGGAUAAUGGUUAUCAGAACUCGUACCGCUUUGGUGCCGAAGGCCGAUAUGAUGUUAAAAAAGUUGAAAAUGCUUCUGUUCUCAACACUGUCAAGGCCAAAAGCAAAGAUCUCAUCGCUAAAUCUAAAGAAAAAAGAGAAGCUUCCAAUUUGUCUGGCUUCGGCACUUUCACACCUUUCACAAAUCAUUCAAGAAAAGGAGUUGUUAUUCCAUUUUCGAGAUUCCGUAAACCUGCUAAUACGAACUGCGCGAGUGCUGGAGGUACGUCUGGAAGCUCCUCUAUCGGUAAAAAAUCUAUGUCAACUACCAAUUUGGUGGACGCAAAAGAAGGAUCUCAUACCGGACCAUCAGUUUCAUCAACUGGGCAAGCUGCGUCUGCCGAGUCUUUGCAACACCAAACGCCGUCACUGGAAAACUUAUUAGCCAGGGCCAAUAAUCACGCUUUCGGACGUAUAUCGGAAGCUACUGAAGGGUCUGAGACCCCUGAGCCUGGAUGUGCGACUCCAAGAGCAGAGGAAUCUGAAUCCCUUGAAAGCUUGAGUGCCAACAGCUCUAAUGUAGAGCUUUCAACGUCGUCUUCUCGCUCCUCUGUGAUAGAAAUUGUCACUGAUAUGAAUGCUACUUCAACUCCUCAGAGUGACUCCAAAAUGAGUAGCUUAUCAGUAUCAGCUCCUAAUUUGGCGGCUGUAAGACAGCGUCAGCAGUCUAAUGACACGUUUGAAAUGGAUAAAACGGUUGAAGAAGAUGAAGACAGAGAGGAUGAUGAGGAUGAUGAUAGCUCUCAUAAAGAUUUAGCCGAAUUUGUUGAUGCACUAUCCACUCAUCCAAAUCAGUGCCUAAUGGAGAAAAUAAGAGCUGCACUAUCAGAGGAAAGUGGAGAAAGCUCCAAAGACUCUGCACAGUCUUCUCAGGCCAGCUUCACUCCUUCCAGUAGAUCGGUUACUAGAUCUUGGAGGAAGGAGAGAUCAUCGCUUAAACAAAAACUGGGAAGUUAUGCCGAAGUACUAAAAGGACUCAUGCAAACUGUUAUGGAUCCAAACAAUACGCCUCUAGAAGUUGAAGAGUUAUUAGAUGAGGAUGAUUACUUCGACGAAGAAGAUGGGAAUGAGGAAGAUAUGGAUGAUGAGUUCCAUCUAGAUGUUCCAGUUGAAUCACUGUUAUCUGCGUUUGGUUCAAGAAACGAAAAAUCAUACAGUUUGAAUUGGAAACAACUAUCUCAACUUAUGGGUUCAACAUUGGAGUCUAAGUUCCGUGAAUGUCGUUCAAGUUCUAGGUUCACACGAAGCUGGGAUGAAGAUAUAGUUUUGAAGUGUGCUUUCCCUGCUUUAAUACCGGCUUUUGAUCCCAGACCUGGCAGAACAAAUGUGAAUCAAACCCAAGAAGUUGAAUUACCAUCAGUAGUACCUGAAGCAUCCAAUCAGAAGCCACAGAAUGAUUCGACAUCCUUGCGUCUGUUCCUCAGAGGGCCGAAUAUGCCUGGAAUUUCUAACGUGACUGUGGAAAUGAAAGAUGAUGAUGAAAGCGUAUUCCGCUAUGUGCAAGAUCUCAUUAAUAUAAUCAAAUGGGAAUCUAAGUUCGAAAGGAAUCGUCGCGUCUGGGAACCAACAUAUUCUCUAAUUUAUGAAGAUUCCAACUGUCCUCCUAUAACCAUUGCUAGUGAUAUUCCACUUGAGAGCGAUGCAGUUCCGGAAACUGUUAACGAAUGUUUGGAGGUGAUUCGCUUGUUGGCUCGUGUGGUGGAGCGGCUUCCUGAUGCUCAGAUUACACCUCAAGUGUUCAUAAGCGAUAAAAUUACUUUGAAAUUAACUCAAGAACUGUCCGACGCCCUGGUCGUAGCAUCACGUGCUUUGCCGCUCUGGUGUGAACGCCUUGUAUAUACAUAUCCAUGUCUUUUCGCCAUGGAAACAAGAAACAUGUACAUUAAUGCCACUGCAUAUGGUGUCUCUAGAGCAAUCGUAUGGCUCCAAAACAGAAGAGACCAAGUUGCCGAUAGAGCGCGAGGAACAGCUCAAGGAGCUGCAAGUAGUGCUACAAGAAACGAUCGUUAUCAAGAAUAUCGAAUCGGUCGCUUGAAACAUGAAAGAAUCAAGAUCACACGUUCUGAAGAUGUGUUGCUUGAACAAGCAAUUCGUCUUAUGAAGUUCCAUGCUGACCGUAAAGCUGUUUUGGAAAUAGAAUACAACGGAGAAGAAGGAACUGGUCUCGGGCCUACGCUUGAGUUUUACGCUUUGGUUGCUGCUGAGCUACAAAGAAAAACAUUAGCGUUAUGGUGGUGCGACGAUGCAGACGAACAUCAAUUAAAAAUUGAAGAACGAGAGUUGGAUUUAGGCGAAGGAAAAAAACCACCAGGGUUCUACGUACGAAGAGCUGGAGGAUUGUUCCCUGCCCCAUUACCUCCUCAUACAGAAGAAGUACAUCGUGCGUCAGAGAUGUUCAAGUCCUUGGGAAUUUUCUUUGCUAAGGUUCUACAAGACGGUAGAUUAGUUGAUUUACCAUUGUCGCGCCCUUUCCUGAAGAUGGUUGUAAGUCCUCAAUUAAGCGUUGGAGAUCAACCUAAUUUGGACAGAGUUUUAACUCUAGAUGAUUUCGAGGAAGUGCAUCCAGUGAAAGGUGGAUUCUUGAAAGAAUUAAAGGCUUUAGCACAACGUAAAAGGGCGAUUGAGAAUGAUUCGGCGCUGGACCGUGAGGCCAAAAGAAGAAAGAUCGAUGAAUUGAAACUAUGUAUUCAUGGAACUCGCUGUAAAGUGGAAGACCUCGCUCUGAACUUCACAGUUAAUCCACCAUCUGCGGUUUUCGAGUAUGAUGAGAUGGAACUCAUUGAAGGAGGAGCUGAUAUGGAUGUCACAUUGGAUAAUGUUGACAUUUAUGUUGAGAAAUGUACAGAUUUUUAUCUUAAUUCCGGAAUAAUUGAACAAAUGAAAGCUUUCCGUGAAGGUUUCGACAAAGUUUUCCCUUUGAAAGCUCUACGAUCGUAUUCGCCCGAAGAAGUUCAACGUCUGAUUUCGGGAGAACAAUGCCCAGAAUGGACUAGAGAAGAUAUUUUGCAAUAUACGGAACCAAAAUUAGGAUAUACUAAAGAAUCCCCUGGAUUUUUGCGAUUUGUCGAUGUGAUGGUUGGGCUGAAUGCUCAAGAAAGAAAGAAUUUCUUACAAUUUGCUACGGGUUGUUCAAGUCUUCCUCCUGGAGGUCUAGCAAACCUUCACCCUAGGCUGACUGUUGUCAGAAAAGUUGAGAGCGGUGACGGAAGUUAUCCUUCGGUAAAUACCUGUGUUCAUUAUUUGAAACUCCCAGAGUAUUCUUCCGCCGAGAUAUUACGUGAACGUCUACUGACAGCUGUUAAUGAGAAAGGAUUUCAUUUGAAUUGA